CGGUAUUGUCAAUCCGCGUAACAUUUUUUGUAGAGGUCAAAAGUCAAAGUUGAAGCUGUUCCGCUACGUCCGCAGCACGUUAGCCAACAAUGGCAAAGCAUCAUCCAGAUUUGAUCUUCUGCCGAAAACAAGCUGGUGUUGCCAUCGGCAGACUUUGCGAGAAAUGUGAUGGAAAGUGUGUCAUCUGUGAUUCUUACGUGAGGCCGUGCACACUGGUACGCAUCUGUGACGAGUGCAACUAUGGCUCCUACCAGGGCCGCUGCGUCAUCUGUGGAGGGCCCGGCGUGUCCGACGCAUACUACUGUAAAGAAUGUACCAUUCAGGAGAAAGAUCGAGAUGGCUGUCCAAAAAUUGUGAAUUUGGGCAGCUCUAAAACGGAUCUGUUUUAUGAAAGGAAGAAGUAUGGCUUCAAGAAGAGGUGAAGACGCUGUGGCUGAUUUUCCCUUUUUAGCCAUUCUGUCCUGCUAGGUUUUCUUUCAAGCUUCCGGAGUCAAAUUUUCGUGACAUUGAUUUGUUAUUUGAAUAAAACAUCUUUUAUA